CCCAAAUUAUUAUUAUCAUUAUUAAUGAUGGCAAGUGUCGAAGUUUCUGAAUCAAGAAAAAGGAAGAAGCACAUACAAAGAUGGAAAAAGUCGAAAAAAUUCAAAACUAGUAAAAUCCCAGAGUUAGCUGUUGGAAUGCAAGGAAUAUUAAUUACUACAAAUGAUAAGGAGAAACUGUGUGUCAGUGAAGCCUAUGAUUUAUUAAACGAAUAUGCUGAUGAACUUUAUGGUUUUCAAUCAUCUAAUUCUGAUGAAGGAGAACAGAGUAAGGACAUUGGUGACCUUCUGCUGCAGGAAAUUAGUACAAUAAAAGCAAAACCUACAAUGAGAUUUAAAGCUAUGUCAACCGGUGUUAAAAAUAUUGUUUUCAUUCAAUGUGAUUCUUCAAUUGAUCCAUGUCAUUUAGUUCAUCAUUUAUUAUGUGACAUUAAAGAUAAUGAACUUCAAAAGACAAGAUUCUGUCUAAAAAUGAUUCCAGUGAAAAAUGUUUGUCAUGCCAGUAUAAAUGACAUUAAAAAAAUGGCUCCAAGUAUUAUUUCUCCUCAUUUUCACACUGACACAUCCUCUUCAAUAGAGUUUUCUGUUCGCUGCAAGAUUAGAAACAACCAAGGUAUCAAACGAGAUACUUUAAUUGAUCUUCUGGCAUCUUUUGUAACUGAUAGUGGAGCAUAUUACCAUUGUGUUAACUUAAGGCAACCAACUUUAGUUGUAUGUGCUGAAGUUUUGAAGAAUUUAUGCUGCCUUUCAGUAUUGAAAGAUUUUUAUGAAUUAAAGCAGUAUAACGUGAGUUGUGUUGCUAUGAAAACGAUAAAUCUAAAAAGUGGUGACAGUUCCAUACCAUCAAUUGCUACCUCACAAAAAAGUUGUCCUGCCAAUUUAAAGGAGGAAGUCCCAAAUGAUCUUGAUUGCAAAGAACCACGAAGUUUGAAGGAUGACAAUCAAAAGGACGAACUUGACAAAUUAUGAUUUUAUCAGUUACCCAUGUAAUUGUUUAUUAGUUCUGUUAAUUUCCAUGCAUUACAACUAAUAGUGAUACUGCUGAUUGA